AUGGCCCUCGCUCUCGCACGCCGUCCGCUGCUGCUUCUGGCUGCGUCUCGGCUGCCCGUGCUGCCGCGCGGCGCGCCUGCACGGCCGCCCACGACGGUGCUGGGGCGCCGCUACGCCGCAGACGACUACACCAACGUGCCCGCCUCCAUCCUCGCGCGCAUCGCGCCCCAGCCGGCGCUGCUCUACGCGCCUUCCCAUCCGCUCGCGCAGCUGCGCGCACGCAUCGAGCGUCUGCUCCCCGCGCACACGCCCAUCCCCGCACCCGUGGCCGUCGUUGAUGUCGACGUCAACUUUGGCUCGCUCGGCUUCCCCGCUGAUCAUCCGGGACGCGCGCCGAGCGACACAUACUACCUCAACCGCGCCACGUGUCUGCGCACCCACACCUCGGCACACGAAGUCGAGGUCUUUGCCGCCGGACACGACCGCUGGCUGCUGACGGCAGACGUCUACCGUCGCGAUGAGAUCGACGCCUCUCACUAUCCCGUCUUUCACCAGAUGGAGGGCGCGGCAGUCUGGGCACUCUUCGACUUUGCAGCGGGAGGCGUCGUCGAGCAGGAAUGCGAGGCGCUCGAGGCGCGCCUGGCGAAUGCGGGCAUUCGCAUCGACGACGACGUGGAUCUGGACGAGGCGGGAGGAUGGCAGCCUGAGCAUCAAGUGUCGCAGGAGAUGGCCCGCGCUGCAGCGCUCUCCCUGCGGCAUCUCAAGGGCACACUCAACAUGCUCGCCCUCGAGCUCUUCGGCCCGCGGCACGCCGCCGACGUGGCAGCUGCGGCGCCAAGCGCGGAGCACGAGCCGCUGCAUGUCCGCUGGAUCGCAGCUAGCUUUCCCUUUACGAGCCCCAGUCUGGAGGUCGAGGUGUGGUUCCGCGGCAAGUGGCUCGAGAUCCUCGGGUGCGGAGUGGUCAUGGAGCAGACGCUCGUCAACGCGCACGUCCCCGGCAAGGUCGGCUGGGCGUUUGGACUGGGCCUCGAGCGCAUCGCCAUGGUGCUGCACUCCAUCCCCGACAUUCGUCUCUUCUGGUCCCAAGACGCGCGCUUUCUCUCGCAGUUCGCCGACGUGCGCGCCGGCUCCUCGGCAGCCGGAGGCCUCUCGCCUUCCUCUCCUUCUUCUCUCGCCUCUCAGCCCCACGACGCAGCGGCGCUCGUCACGUUUCAGCCGUACUCCAAGUACCCGGCCUGUCUCAAGGACGUGUCGUUCUGGCUGCCCAAGGCACACCAGCUGCACGCCAACGACGUGGCCGAAAUCGUGCGCGACGAAGCACACGACCUGGCCGAGAGCGUCGAGCUCAUCGAUGAGUUCACGCACCCCAAGACGGGCCGCAGGAGCCAGUGCUACCGCAUCAACUACCGCAGCAUGGACCGAAAUCUGCAAAACGACGAGAUCAAUGCGCUGCAUCAGCGCAUCACGGAGCGGCUUGUCGCCGAGCUGCACAUCGAGCCGCGGUGA